AGAUGCGUAUUCGUCUCUUUCCAAGAUUGAGCCUAAUUAUUUUCAGUUGGAUUCAUCAGCUCCUUUAGGACACCCGGCUGUGACUAACUCUGCGGUCUGCACCGCACCCAGUCCCUACCCCAAACUUCACCAAAGCGAUGGCCGUUUUCUGUGGAAACAGCAGGCGCCUCCAUCCCACAUCGAAAACCAUUAGCAAGAUUCGCAACCUGCCAUUGGCUCUCCACGCGUCACGUGACCUUCCUUUUCUGGAACCCACAUCACAUGAUCUGAUGUCAAAACGCACGUUUUGAUCACUCCGCUCGUUCGCAUUCUCAUCCAACGUCUCAGAUUCUCUCUCCCCAUCUUCCAUUAAAUUUAUUAAUAGCCCGCUGCACUUCGUCUCUUUACUAUUUCCCACGCGGCGCUCUCUCUUUCUCUGGAAAAAAAAAAUGCUUCUACGAAGCUCAUCUACCCCAAUCCUGAAUUCAUGGAUACAACCCUAUGGCAAAGAUACCUCACCGGAGACCGAUCUGGUACACCAGAUCCCAAAAACCAAGUCCCUCUCCUUGUCGGCUUCGUUUCAGUCCCCACCCCACACCGCCCCCUCCAUUACCACCUCUGCUGGCUCACUGCAGAAGAUGGCCAGAGCCUUGUCGGAGACCGAUCUCCGGGAUCCUCCCAAGAGGAACACUCACGAAAAGUGGUUCUCACCGCCCACCGUUGAUGAGGGCGAAGAGCAAGACUCGAUACGGAGCCUGUUGUCGAGCUCUGGGUUGGGCGAGUCGGAGCGGUGUGGCGUUGAAGAUGGUGGUCCGGCGACCCUUGAGAUGGGUGGUGGGAUCAGGGGCAAUGGAGGUGGGAUCUUUGGUGGCGGCGGCUAUGGGAAAGGAUCGAGCGGGGGGGACGGAGAUGGACAUGGUGGUGGCGCGUAUGAGUCGAAUUAUGGGCAUGAGAGUACUGACGUUUAUUACCAGAAAAUGAUUGAAGCAAACCCAGAAAAUGCUCUCUUUCUUGGGAAUUAUGCCAAGUUUCUCAAAGAGGUUCGCGGAGAUUUGGUUAAAGCAGAAGAGUACUGUGGGAGAGCAAUUUUGGUAAACCCAAGUGAUGGAAACGUGCUUUCAUUCUAUGCUGAUCUGAUAUGGAACAAUCAGAAGGAUGCUCAACGUGCUGAGACUUACUUCAAUCAAGCUGUUAGAGUUGCUCCUGAUGAUUGUUAUGUUCUAGCUUCAUAUGCUCACUUUCUUUGGGAGACUGAGGAGGAAGACGAGGAAGAUAGCCGUUACGAAACUGCAACUGCAAACACCCAUGGAUUCUCUCCCAGUUUCUUCCCAGGAGGUCCUUUCCACUCCCCUUUGGCUGCAGCUUCCUAGGUUCUCUGUGUAGGCUGUGAGAUUCCUCGAGUAAUAACCCGGGGGGUUUUCCUAACUUGUUUAAUUAACUCUACCCAGUUCGAAAUAACGGGGGGAAAAAAAAAAAGCCCGAAAAUAAAGGAGAGGACUUUCCAUGAAUUUGUGUUCGGGAAGUGAUGGAGAAUGUAAAUAAACCGAGUAUAUAGUCUUGCUGUGUUUGGAGUGAAGGAAAAUUGAGCUUGCUGUGUUUGGAAAGAAGGAAAAUUGACCCUUUCUUUAA